AUGUACAAGCUAGUAUUCGUUCUGGGUCUCCUUUGCGUGAUUGGCCAAUCGAGUGCCACAGGAGAUCUCAUCCCAAAAACAUCAUUAGCUGGCCUGACCGAUUUGUUGGCCAAUUUGGGGACAAUCGCAGGUGAAAUUGCCGGUUGUGUUGUUACCUCCUUAACGGAUUGUAGUACUUUGGUAACUGAUUUGGCUGGUCUGCUGAACGCAAUUCCAGAUAUGGUGGAAGACUGCGUCAUCAAUAUCAUAUCAGGCUGCGCAGAUGUUGUUGACAUGGGCGCUUUCAGUUCCUAUUACUUUCGCAAGGUCGUAGUCGAUUUCAACCAUAAAUAUGUAUCGCAUUAUGCAGUCGAUAUAAACCCUGAUCAUACCUCUUUAAAUAUAGCACUGAGUGUAAUUCGAGACCUUAAUGUUGAUAUGUGGCUCCGCAUAACUGUUUCACAGCGAGGGGCAAAGAACACAUAUAAACGACUUUUCUUUUACGACAUGAAUUUAUGCAACGUGGUUGGCAAGAGCAAGGAUUUCAAUAUAAUGCAACUUUGGAUACAGAACGUUUUCAAAUAUGGGGAUAUGCCCUUGACAUGUCUCUUUCGAAAGAGUAAUUAUUCGUGGAGCAACUUGCGUGUCGAUAAGGACAGCAUACCCCCGUUUAUAAUGUCAGGCCGCUUUCGGAUCGAUCCGUUUUUCUAUUUGAAGGACUGGGAUAACGAGGUGGCCUUUAACUCUUCAGUAUUUGUGGAUAUUAAAAUGAAGUAA